AUGCUGGUGACCUAUUUGGAAGCCAGCCGGGACCUUUGCGAGACGGACUCAAUUCUUUUUGGCGCCACGCUGGCAGUCUGCCGUAUCAUAAGCGCCAAGGUUUCCACGGCUGGACGCGCUACUGGCCAUAGUAGCGCUAUCCCAGCAUGGAGAAGAAGAAUUGAGGAACGUAUCGCAAAGGCUAGAGCUCUCAUCGGCAGACUGAUAUGCUUCAGAUCAGGCAACAACAGGCCAAGAAUUGUGCGCACCGUCAGGAUGGCGUUUGCUGGGACAAAUGUCAGUUUGUCCCAGCCGGAUAUAACGCAAAAACUGACGGAGCGCAUAGAUGAUCUGAAGCAGAGAAUCGCUGCUUGGGGGAAAGCGGAUUCGGCGAUAUACCGAGAGGUCGACACGGUUCAACCAGAAUCGUCUCUUCUAGAGUGA